AUGCAGUCAGCGCUCAAGGAUCCCAAGUUAUGGCACGAAAAGGCCUACAUCAAUGGAAAAUGGACGGAUUCACGUUCCGGCAAGACAUUCGAUGUGAUAAAUCCCUCGACCGGUGACUUGAUUGCAAAGCUCCCCGAAUUGAGCAAAGAAGAUGUGCGAAUCGCUUCCGGACUAGCGCUCGCGGCCUUCGAGAAGUGGAAACUGAUCAGCCCAAAACUACGCGGGGCGGUCGUCCGGAAAUGGGCUCAACUGCUGAUGGAAAACACCGAGGAUCUAGGGAGGAUCAUGACGAUGGAGAAUGGCAAGCCAUUCGCCGAGGCGAAGGGCGAAAUCGCGUUCGCGGCGAGCUAUCUCGAGUUCUACAGUGGCGAGGCGGAAAGGACAUACGGGGAUAUUAUCCCGUCGGCCAACCCGGGAAACCGAGUGUUCGUCAUUCACCAGCCCAUUGGGGUUGUCGCCUGUCUGACUCCCUGGAACUUCCCCGCUGCGAUGGUCACCCGAAAGGCCGGGGCAGCCAUUGCCGCUGGAUGUGCUGCCAUCGUCAAACCCGCUGGGGAGACGUCUCUCACCGCACUCGCGAUCGCGUACCUCGGGGAACAAGCUGGUCUUCCUCCCGGGGUGCUGAAUGUGGUGACGGGAAUGCAGAAUCUGGCUGAGAUCGGCCAGGCACUCUGUGAAGAUCAAAACAUCAGGAAACUUUCCUUUACCGGGUCGACCGCCGUGGGCAAGUUGUUGAUGCGGCAGUGCUCCAACAGCCUGAAAAAGCUCUCCUUGGAGCUCGGGGGCAAUUCGCCCUUUAUCAUCUUCGACGACUGCGACCUGCCAAUGACGGUCAACGCCUUGAUGGGAGCUAAGAUUCGGAAUUCCGGCCAGACAUGCGUUUGCGCCAACCGGAUAUACGUUCAGCGUGCUGUAUAUCCUGAACUGUCCCGUCUCUUGGUGGACAAAUUCUCCCAGGUCAAGUGCGGCGAUGGAUUCGAGGAUGGUGUGAUCGUUGGGCCGUUGACCGUGCAGCGCGGAGUCGAGAAGGUCCAGGCCCAUAUCGACGAUGCGGUGGAUAAAGGUGCCAAAAUCCUCUACGGAGGAAAGGCGAUGGAUCGGAAGGGGUACUUCUUCCAGCCUUCAGUCCUCGCCGAUAUGAGCGACCGUAUGCUUUCACACAACGAAGAGAUCUUCGGUCCCGUUGCGGCGCUGUAUCCUUUCGAUACCGAAGAGGAAGUUCUCAAGAUGGCUAAUAACUCCGAGGUUGGCCUGGGAAGCUAUGUGUGCACGAACAAUAUGGCACGAGUUUGGCGCAUGGCCGAAGGCCUGGAGGUGGGUAUGGUUGGAGUCAACACCGGCGUCAUUGCCGGGGGGAAAUCCCUUUCGGUGGCAUCAAGCAUAGCGGGUUUGGUGUGGAAGGUGGGAAAUGGGGGGUGA